AUGGCGUUACUGACCACAGCACCUUCAUCACCCAGCAGUAGCAGCCAUCCCUCUUCUCCCGAGUCCGAACAUCUACAGAUGGACACCUCCACCACCCAGAACGCGUCGCCUCUGUCUCUGACAUCUGUUCCAGCUGCCGUGGCUGUAGAGGCAGACCAGAGCCAGGGCAGCUCGCCGAGCACUCCACCGAGCUCGUCCGCAGCCGACUUGGCGCGCUCGCGCUCGACGGGCAGGGGCGGUUGCUGGACAUGUCGAGUACGUCGAAAGAAAUGCGACGAGGAGCGCGUCGACGGCGAUUCGUGCAAGACAUGUCGCCGACUAGGAAUCGACUGCUUGGGCUGGGGACCUCGGCGGCCCGACUGGAUGAGGGAUAAGGAAAAGGUCGCAGAGUACAAGGCGAGCAUCAAGGCCCAGCUCACACGUGCAGGCCUCAUCCGCGGCCAGCCUCGCGCGACCUACAGCUCCCUCACGUCCUCCUCAUCGGCCCUUGCUCAGUCCCCGGCGUCAUCUUCAUCGUCCGAUAGGUAUCUCUCAGGAGCACUCGCAGGCCCCGGGCCGAGCACCCUCCGGGCUGGUCGGAGCGAUCCCUACCCAUCCUUCCCGCACGGACGCUCCUACGAGCCUUCGCGAUACCACCAUGCGAACACUGUGAUGUCCGCCAUGACCGGACUUGACGCAAUAAGCGCCAGUCCGGAGCUCUCUAUGCCCUCUCCGUUCGUCGCACCGAACAAUGCGUUCAACCAGGCAUCGCUCUCGUAUAGCAACGAUAUCUCGUCCAUGUCUAGCACGUCGUCAUACCCACCAUUUCUUCAUACCCCUGAGAUUUCUCCCUCCAUUACACCGGGGCUGCGUGAUUCGCCCUUCAACGAGCAGUCUGAGCCGUACAUCCAAUACUACUUCGAGCACAUGCGCAAGCUGCAGUUUGUCCUUCCGGGGAAAGAGCUCACACAGACACUCGCCUUCAUUUUGGCAGGAGAGCCACAAGGCCCGCUCGAACAUGCCAUUUGCGCACUCGCUAGUCUACAUUCGUCCAAGGCCAACGCCGCACAGCAUGGCUACGACGCAGCCACCGCCACCGCUGAGAGCUCCGACCGCGCUAUCGAUCGACGGUUCUACAACAAAGCGUAUGUCAUGCUCAUGACCGCCAAGGCCACAGGUCGUCCAUACGCCGAGCGAGACGCGGUGGCCGCCGUGUACCUGAUCAGCUACCACAACCUCGCCGGCGGCGGGACGGGCUGGACGGCGCUGCUCGAGGUCGCGUACGACUGGUUCGCCCAAACCGGCAUCCACGAGGAGCAGAACCCGAAGUUGGCGCUGGUCAACAUGAGUCCCGCGCAGAAACUGGCGGCCAAAGCGACGAUGUGGAUCGACACGCUCGCGAGCGUCGUCUUCACACGCCCGCCGCGGUUUCUCUCUCUGUACCGCCGUCUGUUCGGGAACCAGGGCGGAGCGGGCUAUUGGGCGACGACGAACAACGACCAGCUCGAUUUGCGCAUGGACAGGCUUACCGGCUGCCCCGACGAGGCUGUGCUUGCGAUUGCCGAGACCGCCGCGCUUGCGCACUGGAAGAUCACCGAGAGCCAGAAGGGCGCGCUCAGCGUGCGCGAGCUCGCCCGUCGCGGCGAAAUCAUCGAGCAGACGCUCCGCAGCCAGCCGGCAAGAGUAUACGACGACUCGCCAACUACCGAGGGGAUGCCCAUGCUGCCGACAGGGCUUGCUGCGCCUGCAGAUGCUGCGGCGGCUGCAGCCAUGGGCCCCGGCGCUGACGAGCACACGCGGCGUACGGUCGCCAGUAUCUGGCGCGAGACGGCUGUGCUGUACCUGCACACUGUCAUCAGUGAUGCCCACCCAGGCGUCCCCGAGAUCGUCAAGGCGACGAACACGAUCCUGGACUACACGCAGCUGCUCGGCCCGUCGCACUUUGACCGGGCGAUGAUCUUCCCGCUCGUCCUCGCCGGCUGCAUGUCCGACGACCCGCUCAUCCGCGAGCUCGCCAAGGGGCGCCUCGGCUGGCACCGCGACGACUUCUACAACGGCAGCAUGUCCCAGGCGCGCACCUUUGUCGACUACGUGCACAACAGACGCCAGGCCGUCCGUCACAGCCACCGCGCGAACGUCACGAUUGACUGGCGCGAGUGCAUGCGCGAGCGCUGGUCGGCCAUAACUCUCGUCUGA